GCUAGCUUGGCUUAGCUGAAGAGGUGAAUGGGCUAACUCAGGUAGCUGUAUCGUCUGUAAGCUGCACGCGGCCUCCCAAGAAUAUUUCUGUCUGCCGCGUUCCUGUCUGCGCAGUUGAGCGUCAACAAUUUGCGCGACUACCUCACCGACCUUUACCGUCAAUCUGGGCGUCGCCACUACUCGCCCCAGCCUAGUCCACGCUACUGGUACCAUCAUUACACACUAAUCAACACUUCAUCCAGGUACAAAGGCUCUGCGCACCCACCUCCAAUUCUCUACGGCCCCAAACUCUACUUUGACAAUGGCGGCCCCUCGCCGGCGAGUCGCAUCGACGACCGCAAUGGUCGUCCUCGAGUAUGCGCAUGCUCCUGCUGUGGGCUUCUAUUUCCUUGCCUCUCUCCUAUUCGGCGCCUCCAUCCUUCAGAAGCCACAAGCAAUCACCAUGAAACGGCGUAGAUUAGCGAUUACCAUGAUGGCCAUCAUACUGGUUGCACAUGUUGCCGAAGUUCUGUACUACUUCAGCUGUUCUAUUGCUAGUAGUACAUACGUCACGCCCCAUGAUUCUGUGGUCAAUUGCCUGGGCGCAAUCUUGGUCUGGACUCCAUUGAGCGUUUCUCUCAUUAAAGCAGAGAAGAUACGCUGGCAUCCGUAUUUUGGGGCAUUCCUGCUUGAUUUUGCCUUCGAAACAACCAUAUGCGCCCUUCUUGGAACUGCUACUGGAUUUCCUGCGAAAGGAAAAUCUGACAGUACCCCUUUGGUCUUGAGGUUACUCAAGUCUCUGGCUGCUCUAGUAUUGACAAUUGAUGGCUUCGUUCUCCUGUUAUCAAAACAGCCAGAGCGCGGCACGGACGAAGAAGGCCAAUCAUUACUAAGGAAGCCCGCUAAUGGGGCCGCUGCAGCCAACGGCAACGCUGGCUAUGGUACAAUAAGUGACUCGAGCAGUGAGAACGAUGAGGACGAUGAAGAGGAGGAAGGGAAAGACCGAGAUAAAGAUAUCAAAGAGCUCCAAGCGAAGAGAUUAGAGGAAGAGGGUGGUUGGUUCGGCUACCUCAAAGGAUUCACCAUUUUUCUUCCAUAUCUCUGGCCCAAGAACGACUGGAUCCUCAUGCUUUGCCUGGCUGUGCGUACACUGCAUGUAAUUCAAGGACGAGUCUUCAACCUUCUCACCCCGCGACAACUCGGCAUCAUCACGGAUAAGUUGGCUUCUGGUACCCAUGUCAUGCCCUGGAAGGACAUCAUGUUAUGGGCCGCAUUCAGCUGGGUAAACAGCUACAGUGGAUUCGGCAUGCUCAGCAAUUUCGCGGAUGUUGUCAUUCGAAACCGGUCUUAUGCGCGAAUCACCCUCAUGGCGUAUAAACACGUCAUGAACCUAUCCACCGACUUCCAUACGAACAAGGAAUCUGGAGAGGUCCUGAAGGCAGUAGAGCAGGCUUCGUCCCUCAAUACCAUUAUUGAGUUGGUCCUGUUUGAGAUAUUCCCUAUUCUCGUUGACAUGGUGGUGGCAAUGUGGUAUGUGACACAUCUCUUCGAUACCUACAUGGCCUUCAUCAUCCUCUUCAUGGGAGGAACCUACGUCUGGUUCGGCAUUUACUUCACGACGUGGGCGACAUCGAGGCGUAGGAAAUACAUGGAGAAGCAAAGAGCGGAGAACCAGGUGAUCAACGAAACGAUCUCCAACUGGCAGACGGUGUUCUACUUCAAUCGGUCGCCCUACGAGUAUGAGCGCUUUGCUACAGCUAUUGCCGCAACCAUAUCAGCGCACUAUAACCACUACUUCCGCACCGUUGGUGGCCAUGUCCUCCAGGAUCUCGUUAUGACGUUUGGCUUUACCGCGUGCUGCAUAUUCGCUAUUGCCCAGAUUGUCGCAGGCAAAAAACCUGUUGGAAACCUUGUGACAUUCAUCAUGUACUGGGAGACCAUGAUGUCCCCACUCUACAUUAUGGCGUACAGUUACAGGACAAUUUCGAACAGCCUGAUAGACGCAGAACGAUUGCUUCAAUUGCUCAAGACGAAAUCGACCGUAACGGACGCCGAAAACGCUACAGAACUCGUGGUUGAGAAGGGAAACGUCGAAUUCAAGGAUGUAGAAUUCGCCUACGAUGAGCGCAAACAAAUCGUCAAUGGAGUAAGUCUCCGCGCUGAAGGCGGACAAACCAUUGCCUUCGUUGGCGAGACCGGCGGCGGAAAGACCACCAUGCUGAAGCUGCUUUCGCGCGCCUACGACGUUACCAACGGAUCCAUCUGCAUAGACGGACAGGACAUCCGCUCCGUCACCAAGUCCAGCCUCAUCGAUUCAAUCGGAUACGUCCCGCAAGAUCCCGUGCUCUUCAACCGAAGCAUAUUAGACAACAUCCGCUAUGGCCGUCUCGACGCAACCGAUGCCGAGAUCCACGAUGCGUGCCGCGCAGCCGCCGUCCACGACGCCAUCAUGAGCUUUCCGGACAAAUACAACUCCAAGGUCGGCGAGCGCGGCGUCCAGCUCUCCGGCGGGCAACUGCAAAGAAUCGCCAUCGCGCGCGUGCUCCUCCGCAACCCCAAGAUCGUGCUCCUCGACGAAGCGACCUCCGCCGUCGACUCAGCGAUCGAAGCGCAGAUCCAAGAUGCGUUCCGCAAGCUCAGUGCCGGGCGCACGACCUUCGUGAUCGCGCAUCGCCUCAGCACGAUCGUCGAGGCCGACCAGAUCAUCGUGGUGGAGCAGGGCAAGGUGAAAGAGCACGGCACGCACGCAGAGCUCCUCGAGGUCGGCGGAAAGUACGCGGAGCUUUGGACCCACCAGAUCGCUGGCAACCUCUCGGCGCUGAACUCGAAGUCCGGAUCAAAGGCUACUUCGAUCAACGGCGGGGCCGAUGGCAGCGACGGUGGCGGCAAACAGACUGAUAUCCUGAUCGAUAUUACGCCCGCUGAAGAGGACGUGGCGAAGGCCAAAGCGGCGACGGAGACGGCGACGUCAACUGCGACGUCGAGUGGAAGGAGUGACGACAAUAAUAAAGGAUUAGACACGACAACCGCAAGGAAACGCUAGCGAGCGAGCGAUCAACACAAAAAGUUUCAUUAUUUCACCACGUUUGUUGUUUCCAUUACUACCUAGGUAGCCAGCGAUUAUCUUUUUCAAUGUUUACCACUAUAUUUUACAUCCCCUAACGGCGGCCACGGUUCGGAAAAAGGAAGAAAGAUUGUAACACUUGAAAGACAUGAACGAGAAAUGAGUUUUUAAAGAUAGAAUCUAGAGAAAGACGGAAAGUCCCAUUAAAGAAAUACGAAUCCUCACGAUUAUCCAUUCAAGCGU